AUGUUCGGCAUCGGCAUGAAGGAGCGCGACGCCGCCGAGGUCACGGUGCGCAACACCGAUCUCGCCACCUUCACCGCCCUCGUCCGCUACCUCCUCACCGACCAGCUCGACCUCGGCGAGGAGGAGGGCGGCAGAGCGCAGCGCGCGCUCGACCUGCGGCAGCUGGCGCAGAUGUACCAGGUGCCGCGCCUCGAGCUGCUCUGCGCGCAGGCGCUGCAGGAGAGCGUCGGGCCGGCGAGCGCCGGCGGCGAGAUCCUUGCCCGGUCUGCGAUGCAGGGCGGCCGGACUGUCCUCGCCGAGUGUGUGCCGCCAAGGCGGGACGCACUCAGGGACAGUGCCGACGGGACGCGGCUCGAGGGGCGACUCUCGCGGAGGCACGGCUGGCAACCGUGGCGCGAGGCUCGCCUUCGGAAAGACCAGGAUAGCUCUACUGGCAAACUUCUAGCUGACACGCGCGCCCCGUCGAGCUGA